GAAAAAUGAUCGUCGUAGAAAUUUUAAUAAGGUAAUAAAAUUAAGGACUUGUAUUUCAUUCAAUCGAUCGUCGAUACUCGUGAAUAUCAUAGUAAAAGAGUGGAUCGACAGGAUCAAGUAGAAAUUUCGAUAAGGAUAAAUUCAAACAUGGCACCGAAUAUUAUAAGUAGCCCUAUUGGAAUUCUAUUCAAAGGAGAAAAGAUAGAUGAUCAAUCAGUCGAAAUAAACAAGGAAAAAGAAAUAUAUAAAAGGACUAUAAUUUGGAGAAAUGUUGCGAUAUUUAGCGUUUUACAUAUCGGUGCUGUCUACGGUGCCUAUCUUGCACUCACAUCUGCUAAAUUGUUAACAACGCUUUUCAGUAUCUUACUUAGCAUGUGGUCGGGUAUUGGUAUCACAGCAGGAGCUCACAGAUUAUGGGCGCACAGAUCCUACAAAGCAAAGUGGCAACUUCGAUUAAUUCUUAUUAUAUUCAACACUAUAGCCUUUCAGGAUGCGGCUAUCGAUUGGGCAAGGGACCACAGGGUUCAUCAUAAAUAUAGCGAAACUGAUGCGGAUCCACAUAACGCAAAAAGAGGAUUCUUCUUCUCUCACGUAGGUUGGUUGCUACUCAGGAAACAUCCGGAUGUUAAACAGAAGGGUAAAGGAAUCGACAUGAGCGAUCUUAAAAGUGAUCCCAUUAUCGCCUUUCAGAAGAAAUACUACUUCAUUCUGAUGCCUUUGAUGUGCUUCUUUCUGCCAAGUAUAAUACCUAUGUACUGCUGGAAUGAAACUUUCCUCAACUCUUAUUUCAUUCCCGUAGUAUUUCGUUACGUCUUCACCUUAAAUACGACGUGGCUAGUGAAUUCCGCCGCUCAUCUUUUUGGCAAUAAACCUUACGACAAAUACAUCAAUCCUUCCGAAAAUAAAGGAGUAGCAAUGAUGGCAUUGGGCGAAGGCUGGCAUAAUUAUCAUCACGUAUUUCCAUGGGAUUACAAAACUAGCGAAUUGGGUAAUUACAGGUAUAAUAUCACAACGGCGUUCAUCGACUUUUUUGCGAAAAUAGGUUGGGCUUAUGAUCUAAAAAGUGUCUCGAAAGAUAUGGUAAAAUCGCGAGUACUCAAAAGCGGUGAUGGUACUCAUGAUGUUUGGGGUUGGGGCGACAAGGAUCAAACACAAGAAGAGAAACAACAUGCCAUAGUCACGUAUAGUUCGACGAAAGAUCAAUAACUGUUCUCUCUCUUGUUAUCCUCUUCGCUCUUAUUUGUUUUUCCUCUUUCGAAAAUAUCUUUACAUUCACUUGACAAAACUAAGUAAUUCACGAUCAUGAAUUUAUUAUUCUCUAUACAACUAUCUUUGUGUUACGAUUUCUCUCCUCUCCCCUUCCUCAUCUUUUCUUAUUCACGAUAAUAGAGUAACCUUGACAUAAUUUCAUAACAAUAUAAUUUAUAGAUAGAAUAAUCUAUCGAAUAGACUAUUAGAUUGUCUUUCAAACCUCAAAGGUUGAAUGUAAUAAGAAUUAAUCGGAGUUUAACAUUUUGCUUUAUGAAUAGUUUAUUCAUAAUCUGCGCCCUCCUGCUGCGAUACCAAUACCUACCUGAGCACUGGUCAAUUAAAAAAGCUAAAAAAACAAAUAAUAAUAUAUAUGUUUUUUUAUUUCGUUGAAAUUUCAAAAUGCAUUAAAGUCUUAUUAUGCAAUCGUGAGAAAAUAUGUACUGAUUUGCUUUUAAUUUGAUGGGUAUUAUAUAUAAUAUCAAAAAUAAUCUAAAGGAACGUAACACGUUAGGACAAAAGGGGAAGUGAGAGAGAGAGAGAGAGAGAGAGAGAGAGAGAGAGAGAGAGAGAGAGAGAGAGAGAGAGAGAGAGAGAGAGAGAGAGAGAGAGAGAGAGAGAAAUAAAGUUUGUGCAUGUGUGCAUACUUAUCAAAAUGCGAUGUUAACAAUUUAGUCGGAGAUAAGAGCCGUAAGCAGUAUCAAUGUGUAGACCAUUAAAUAUCGCGGCAUUUCUCCAAACAAUACGUCUCUUAUAUAUUUCUUUUUCCUUGGAGAAAAGAACUCCUAUUAGGCUACUUGUAAUAAUUGGUGCCAUGAUCGGUAUAUAAUGGAAUGAU